AUGUAAAACGAAAGGACGUAACAGCUUCUUAGAUCUAAAGGGAGCUCCUAUAUCCCACAAAAUCCUUAGACACUCUCUCCUCUUAACAAAUAAACCUAAAAUUCCAUUAUUCAAUCCAACAAAUAUAUAACUAACUAUGCAGUCUAAAAGUUAUAAAAUUAAUCAACUCAUAUUACAAUGUAUAUAAUUAUUACAUUAUAGUACACCUUCUAAUGAUAGAAGAACCUCAACUACACCUAAUAGAUCAUCAAUAAAUGUUAUACCUAAUCAUUCCUCUUCUGUCUCACCUAUUCGUGUAGUUUAGUUAUCAACUGAAAGAGUUCAAAAACCUCAAGAAAUACAUGAAGUACAUCAUUUUGAAAGACCUAUUUAAGUUGUUAAUGUUGAAGAAAUGGAAUAUAAAUAUAAAUUUAAAAUCUAACAAUUAGAGUUGAAGAUCUAUUAAUUAUAAGUUGAGAAUCAAAGAAUAAAAAUUAGUGGUUAUAUUGAAUAAUCUAUACCUAUUGAAAAUACUACAAAACUUAAUGAAUUAGAAAGAAUCAAUUAAAAUUUAAGAAAUUUAGAAGAAAAAUUAAGAAUUGAAUUAAAAUAACUUAAAGAAGAAUUAUAAAAUUGGAAAGACAGAUAUAAUGAAUUAUAGAGAUAAUAAUCAAAUUAAAAUGGAUUUAAUGAAGAAUUACGAUAAUUGAAAAAAUAAAUUUCAUAAUUAGAGGAAGAAAAUAAAGAUUUAUAAAUAAAUAUUAAAGAUAAAGAUCAAGAAAUCUUAAAAUUAAGAUCUAUCUUAAAUGAAAAAGAUGAUAUUAUUGAUCAACUUAAUGAUUAAAUAUAAGAACUUUAAGUAAUUUAAGAGAAUUAUAGUCGAGUUGAAACUACUUUAAUAUCUUUAUAAGGUGAGGUAGAUGUUUGGAGAAAGAAAUUCAAAGAAAAAAAUGAAGAAGCUUCAGAAUUAAGUGAAAAAUUAAUAAUGGCUGAAACAUCUUUAGAAGCUAUGAAAAAGAGAUAAACUACAUAAGUUAAAGAAAUAAAUGUUAGUAAAACUAAUAAUAAUCAUAAUGUUGGGAUUACUAUGACAUAAUCUAUUGAAAUGCCAGGUAGAUUUUCGACUAAUCGAGGUACUCAUAAUUCUAACAAAUAAUAAAGUUGA